UCAGAGAAGAGUUCGAUUUUUAUAUAGGUGAAAAUUGCACUGUGAAAUGAGAAUAAUCGCGGUGUUCCAAUAAAAACUCCCGUGAAAUUUUGAAUUCAAUCUGUGUAUGACAAUACGUGCUACUUAAAUCGAUAUUGAUUUCAAAAUUCUCCAUCCUUGCUGUCAAAUGUGACUUAAAAAAGAUGACGUUUGAUGACAUAAACAUGUUGUCAUUUCGUUGAAAACGCAAUGUUAUAUGUAUGAUUGUGAGAUUUAAUAUUGCAAUUUGCAUCGAAAAUUUAAUUCAAAAUGGCAAUCAGAGAAUUAUCGCCACAAUUGGCCAGGAGAGCGCAAGAAGAAAUUUUUGAAAAAAAAUCCGAAAUAGACGGACAUAUUAAAGCACUUCGUCAAUGGAUAUUGAAACAAUCACAUCUUAAAGCACGCACAGAUGAUCAAUUCUUGAUAUCAUUUCUACGGGGAACUAAAUACAACCAAGCUUUAGCGAGGCAAAAGAUUGAUUUGUUUUUCACAAUGAGAUCAGAAAUAACAAAAGCACGAGAUUUUCGGACAAUGAAACUGGCUAAACUUUUAAAACUAGGAACGACUAUCCCGCUGCCUGACUCCACCGCUGGAGAAGAUGGUCCGAGGAUUUUUCUCAUUCGUCCAGGACACUAUAACCCAAAAGAAUUCGAUAUUGUGGACAUUUUCAAAAUUUACGUGUUAUUCACCGAUUUUCUAUUAACGGAAGGUAGAACGAACUGCACUGCUGAGCAUUUCGCACAAUUCAAACCGGAUUUUGUAAAAAAGAUGACCCACCUCUGCCAAGACUCUUCUCCCAUACGACCGAAAGGAUUCCAUUAUGUUAACACACCAGAUGGCUUUGAAUUUGUUUUUAAUAUGUUUAAAUCAUUCAUGAGCAACGAGUACAAGGAACUACUGUUUGUCCAUGGCUACGAUUUGGAAUCACUCUAUCGGUAUAUUCCAAAACGAUAUCUGCCGACAGAGUAUGGAGGCGAUGCAGGAAGUAUUGCAUCAAUAAUAGAUUAUUGGUGUAAACGAUUGUUGGAUAACUACGAGUCAUUGGCUCAGUGGGAUGAAUACGGUACAAACGAAUUGUUUCGACCAGGAGCACCAAUCACCGAAGAAACUAUAAUGGCUUUACCAGAUGCCAGCUCCUUCUUUUGAAUUAAACAAUUUUGACAGCCCUGCGAACGACAAUCAGUAAAUCGGACAUGUUCUUUGUUUGUAUUCAGUUAAAAUUAAAUAUAAAUUAAAAUGGUGUGAAGCCAUUUUACUGAAGAAAAUAAUGAUUCAAAAA